CGGCCCUCAGUUUAGAAUAGAAAUUAGUCCCAUUUUAACGUAACUUUACAGGUCAGGUAGUGUUUGUUGGUGGUCGACAGAGAUUUCUGUCAAGUGACCUCAGAUUUACCAUGGGCUUAUAUUAUGGCUCUUGUCGGAUCGAUGCACAUCUAAGCGCCUUUCAGUAUGGAAACAACACUUCACCUCUGUUGCAGUCAUAAUGGGAGCCCGUAUACUGGACAGUGUGUUGCAUCUUACUGACUCCACUUUAGCGAUUGUGCAAAGAGUGGACGGGGAGUCGCGAUACCUAACGAAGUAUUAAUUUUUAUCGAUCCUAGAUUUAUGUCUUUUCAGCUCAUAUUUUCCCAGUGACUGACCUUUAGUGAGAUGAUGAAAGGGAUGAUGACGCAGGAUGCAACUUUCUCUGCCUAGCAGCCCAGAGAGGAGCCGCGUGACACGGGGGUGUUACAGGGCCGCAAAGUGAUUCAUUCAUCUCUGGUCUAUCAAUGAUCAACUUGAUACUCGGUGGAUUGGACAGCUCCCACACCCAAGUUGCACGGCUCAUAUGCUGUAUAUACAUGUACAGUCCCUGAUCCAAGCGAAUCCUUGUUACCACAGUGCCCUGAAGCUUGCUUGCUUUCGCUGUCGAAGUGGAAAGAGAUAGCCUCAAGCGGGCCGGCGUUCUGCUCGAGUAUUUAAUCCAUCCUUCCUCCAUGUCUGACCUGUGCUGUUAGACUGUACAGCUGAGAUGGAUCUAGUCAGCAAACCAGCUCUGUACUCGUCGUCGAAGUUUCGAGGAUGGCUCAUGGUCGGCAUCGCAUUUGUAGAAAUAUUUAUCAUUUGUGGGCCAACUUACAACUUCAGCAUAAUCUUCUUGAGUCUUCAGGAUGAGUUCAACGCAGGGGCUACUUGGACAGGCUGGAUUGGGUCACUCGCCAACUCUUUGAUGGGAGCGGCUGGGCUGAUAUCCAUGCCGUUGAUCCAACGCUACGGCCCCAGACUUGUCACGCUGGUCGGUCUGGUGGCGUUCGGCGGCGGACUCGUUACGACGUCGUUGGUGCCCGCUCUGGCAUACGCCUACGUUACCUUCGGUGUUGUUGUUGGACUGGGAGCCAACUUUGUCUUGCAGUCUGUCGUUCACCUGCUGUUUAGCUGGUUCCCGGAGAAAAACUGCUCACGUGCUUUCUCCCUGGUUAUGUUGGGAACCUCGUUUAGUGAGCUGGCGUUUGCACCUCUCCUGACUACACUCAUAAGGGUGUUUGCUUGGCGCAACGCCCUGAGGAUCAUCGGCGGAGGAAGUAUCAUACUGGGUUUCGUCUUUGCUGUGCCCAUCACAAGUCCGGCAACGACUACCAACCACGAGCGGGGAACUCGGGCUAAGGAGUCGCGCGACGAGCCCUGUACUGACAUGGCAACCGAUGCGGUGAUUCCAGACGGUCUGUCAGAAAACAGUCGACAAAGAGUGCUGGAGGUCGCUUGGAAGAUAGAUACCUGGCUGUGGAGUCUCUGCUUGGUCCUCGUCUAUUUGGGGUGGACAUUCGUCACCGUGAAUUACGCCAGCUUCAUGGAACAUGAUCUCCAAUUCACAACAGACCAGAUCACCAUUGCCAUUAUGAUGCUCGCAGUCGGCGGUAUUGUAGGCAAGAUACUUCUUUCCCUAUUCGCCGAUCGUCUGCCUUGUCUGAAGCUUUAUGUCGUGGCGGCUGCGUCCCUUCUUGGAGCUGUGGUAGCCGGCCUGAUGACCUGGCUUCGAUCGGUUUCGCUAGUGUACAUCGUUUCACUGUUUGUGGGAUCAGUUCGCUCAGCGUCGAACGCUAUGCCGUUUCCGGCGACAAUGGAAAUUUUUGGGGAGUAUGGCUCAUGUAUCGUCAGUGUUUUAUCGAUGGUACCCUACGGUAUAGGAAUCCUCAUUGGCGCUCCGAUUUCAGGCAGUUUCUACGACUUGACUGGAGACUACAACCUCAGCCUGUUUGUCAUCGUUGCAAUAUUUGUGUGUUCUUCAGCCGUCGCAUUAGCGAUUCCCAUCAAGAAAAGGACUCAGUUAUCUAGCUAUAGUUUUUCCUUCCGACCGAAAGCGACAAAGUCAUCUCGGGAAAUUCCACAUGUAUACUCCGUCUCAGGCAUGAGAGUUUAAUUAUAACAUAAAAGACUUGGAUCGGCCGUGGAAAAAAAAUAUUCUUAUAGAGAUGCUAGAUGGUCAUUCAUUCUACUGCUUUAUAGGUGCGUUGAUUGGCUAAUUCCUUUUCAGGAGAUUCAAAGGAAAUACAUGUACGUCGACAAGGGGUUCAGACACGCGAAGCAGUAGAUAUCAGGUAGUGCGCUUGCGCCAGUAUCUAUGUGCCUCAUCGUGAACACAAAUACUGUCGAAUCAUGGGCUUGGCGAAAUUUGACGUCAGCAUCCUGAAAUAGCAGCUGUGUACCCCAGCUCACCGUUAGGAGACGGGGAUAAGUAAAGCUUUCAAUUUGGCGUCGUUACUUUUUUAACGCUUUAAAUGUAAUUAUUUCCCUUUAUAUUUGAUUUCAUUUUAAGUGUUGUCUACUGUGUAACCGAGUGGUCUGAUAAGAGGAAAUGUUAGAUAUAAAUCGACUACUCCACUUGUACUUGAGCAGGGUUAGAGCCCAGUACAAGAAAUAAGGCAUCAGGGGAUGUGGUGGCACCAAAGAAUACUUUAUUGGCUGAUAAUUUUUGUAUUUACAAAUUUUUACAAAGCUGAGUGGCUUGUGUGACUUACAUAAUUAAAAAACGACGGUCAAUGAUAUAUUGACCUGUAAUAAAUGCACACAAGAAAAGAAAUUAUACUUUAGAUAAGUCCAUUUUACAACAAUUUUUUCAAGUAUCCUCCAAGAUACCAACAGGUUGCUUAUGCCACGUAUUGAUAUAAAUAAUCAGAAUGUUGGUAGGAUUAGGCAAUUUCGCGACUUCGUUGUAAUUUUAACACUUUCGAAGCAAUGUACAGUAUAACGGAUCUCACCAAAUAUGCGUCCAAUCGGUGAAAGUUAAGAUUAACCCACAAGUUGCACUUUCCCUAUCGUAAUUCUUGUUCUCAGAUUUUAACAAAAAUGGUACACACGGUGUGUAAUACAUCAAACCUACCAACAGCCUACAGCUGGUAAUAUGUAGUGUGACGGAUCCAGAGGAUGGCUGAAAAAUACAAGAAAAUAUUUAUGAAGAUAUGUAAAGAUAAGUAGUAAGCGUAUGUAGAGCUGACAAUGUUUAUUAUUUGUUACUCAUAAGGAACCCUCUACUGUGCACUUUCUAUGGAUCCACGAACACUUAAUUUAACUUUCCACUUUCUAUUGAUCCAAGUACACUUAAUUUAACUUCAGGGUUUGUCAUCUUUAAUCUCUUAUUUACAAUAACAAGUUGGGAAGAUAUCAAUAACUUUUUCAGUAUAUUUAUCAGCUGAAUAACAUUCCAAGAAAACAUACAAUAUGCAAAACGUCGAUACUGGGUCAUCUGUCAUCUAAGAAUUUUGUAAAUGGAACUUACCACGCAGCGUCCCUCGACCUCUGCCAAUCACGAACGCAGUACGCAGGAAGGCAGUGAUUGCACGAUCAUACACAUACAUGUGUAGGCGGAGCAACAAAAUAGCUUGGUGCUCAGCAAGGAGGUUCGGAGGCAGAGUGAUUUGAUCAGAAUGUUUCUGCUCAACCCCCUACUCCACAGGGUUCGGGUGAACCAACAACUUUUCAUCCCGGUAGUUGUGAACGAAUGCAGGGUAGAAACAGUCGUUCACAAGUCACUUGUUAGAAAUGCUUGGCAUGCAUGGCUCCAGUCAGUGCAGAAAUGCACUCACAGAGGGCGCUAUACAAUGUAGUUGCCAUCUACUUUUAUCAAGUAUAAAGUGAAGGUUUACAAGAGAGGGCGCUCUACAACACGAGGCUGCAAUAAGAAAUAUGUUGCAGAAGUGGAGGGACUAGUGACUAUAGAAUAGUCGACCGGUCACAGAUGUUUAUCUUUUUGUACGUCAAGUUGUCAAUUUUAUUCUCCAUGGCGAAUGUUCUUGUUACUCUAGUCUUUCUUUGCAUUCAUAUUGAAUAUGUAUCUUUCGUUAACAUGUAAUUUCAAGUUUCUGGACUUUUCUUGUGAUACACUGUUGGAGAGUCCUUUUAUCUCAUACUUGACAACUGUUCAAAUGUGUGCCACUGCAUAUGAAUACGUAUGUUUUUAAUGUCAUAUGUUGUGGGUGCCUCUGGUCGUCCAUCUGAAAUAA